ACUUUCCCCGAGAUUUUAAGUUCGGGGGUGGGGGGGAGGCUCAUCGGAACCCGGUGUACUGGGCUUGGGGAAGGGAGAGUGGCAGGAGGCACGGGUAGACGGAGGUGGAGGGAGGUGUUGGCCAGGCCAUGGGUCCAGGUGCCAGGAACCUUUAGGCCCAGGGCCACUGUAACCAUGACCGCUUUGCCCACCACCCUCCUGGGACCCGAUGCCUCCAAAGCCUCCUUCCAGGACUUCCCUCCUGCCCCUCCGCCCCCACACUCCCUUUCCCCGUACCCCCGCGGUCUGCAGCCCUCGCCUCCUGAGCCCCCCGAGGGGCCCUACUCGGGAGCUCCGCAGUCGUACGGCUGCGCGGUAGGUUACCCUUAUGUCAGCCCCGCAGCCCCCAGCGGCCCCCACCUGCCUUACCAGCAGCCCGGGACCGCCUCGCUGCAUCUGCGUGGCCCUGCAGUGAGUCUGCAGGCUGUGGCAGAACUGGAGAAGCCACUUGGGUUACCCUAGCCAGAGGGACUCCAGCUGAAUGGCAGGAUCAAGAAGCUCCGAAAGCUCAGAACCAUUUAUUCCAGCCUCCAGCUUCAACAUCUGAACCAGCGUUUCCAGCACACACAGUACCUGGCCCUUCCAGAGAGGGCUCAGCUAGCUGCCCAGCUAGGCCUAACUCAGACUCAGGUGAAGAUCUGGUUUCAGAACAAACGUUCAAAAUAUAAGAAGAUCAUGAAGCAGGGGUCCAGCAGUCAAGAAGGGGAGCUUCUGGGGGCCCUCCCAGCUCUGUCCCCACCCCUCCCCUCACUGUGGGAUAUACCCAGACCCAGGACAUUACCUACUGGGGGCUAUGUCAGCAACUUUGGGACCUGGUACCAGCAGCAGCAUCCCCAAGAUGCCCUGGCAGCACCCCAGAUGAUGUGAGUCUGAGAAGGGGUGGGCACUUCAUGCCUCCCAUGUGGCUCUGGACCUAGCUCACCCCGUUCUUCUCCUGGUCCUUGGAGGAAAAUAGCUCCAGAUAGGUUUUAGGGGAGAAAAAGAGCUGGAGGAGAGAGGGAGAUUUGGAGUGAAAAUGGACACAUUUUGACUCACCCUCACCACACAACUGCCCCCCUCCCCAAACAGACCUGAAGCUGAACACUGUCCCCCCUUCCCUCUGCAGUUGGGGUGGGUCAGUUCCUUCCAAAUGGACAAACAAAUGCCUAGGAGAGAAGCCAGCAUGGUGGCUUAUGAUGUGGUGGGUGGGGGGAGGGAGGAAAUCCUCGGGAAUGUCAUUGGGGCAGAGCUGGGCUCCCUUCUCCAGGCUCCUCCUUGCCUCCCCCAGCCUAAUCAUAUGACCAAAGGCCAGUCACCUGUCUGGCCCAUUUUCCCUUUGGAAGGACUUCUGCAACCCCAAACAUGUGGGAGUAAAGCCAGGCAGACAUACUCAGUAAAUACCCUCCAACCCCUUUGCCAUUUGUGUUUGCCCUGCCUUUGGCAGUGAGAUGGGGGAGAGGGAAGUACCUAAGGCUCUUGAUCCUAAAAAUGACAAGAAACACAUUGUUAGCCUCCAUGCUCUGAAGACUUCACGGGAAUGGGAAGCAGGUUCUUGGGGCAGGGGGAGGAAUUCAGGGUCAGAUUAUCUUGAUCAUUAUGCCAGGUCUGCACAGCCCCCAAGAAACACAGUUAAAGAGUUUAAACUGUGUAGGCCUAACAACUCGAUAAUUGAUUCACUGCCUCCAUAAACCCCCCUCCCUCCCAGGUAUGUGUCUACACAUUUCAAGUGCAGAAUGGGACUAAUUAUCCAGAUAAUUUAACAAGUAUUUAUUAAGCACUUACCCUCCUACCCAUCCCCUUAAAAAUAAAACUGUUCACAACAUGAUAAGUCCACGUCAUUAGGGCCAAAUCAGGAUAAA